UCUAUGUUACCUGUACACAUUCGGUACUCGCUCACUGCUCAUGUUACUUCAAAGCAAAGCGUAGCCAUGACUUGGUCAGGAUCAUGGCCCAAAUUUCAGCGACCGAUUCUAGGGAUAUAUCUGUGGAUCCACUCACUCUAGAGGAAAUUUUAACAGUGUUUAAUAAUCCCAUUAACGAGGAGCAAGCCUGGGCGGUAUGUCAUCAGUGUGCACAUUAUUUCUCUGUGGAAACUGCCCGCCGCACGUUCCGUGAUCUGUAUACACAUGGAAUAAGAUCUGUCAGGAUCAAGAAAGAUGGGAACGUGAUCAUCGAUGCUACAGAGGUGGUCCUGUCCAAGGGACAGCAAGUCCGUCGAAGAAACUCGGUGACAGGAAAGGACAUCAAGGUCGUGACCGAGAGUGAUGCUAUCCAGGCACUAGGUGUGGUCAUCUAUCAUGCCCUGGAUUACGGACUCCAGGAGUCGGAGGAGAGGCACCUCAGUCGUGACCUUGAACACCUGCUGGAGGUCAUGAUCAAUCCUGAUGAGGAGGACGAUGACGAGCUACAGAGCGCGUGUGACGAAGGCAUUGAGAAGGACGCCAAAGAGGGAUACUCAUUCACAGACAUUAUAGUGCUGUGUUCCCAGCACCUGUCCAAUGAGCAGAACAUCAGUCAGCACUAUAAGGCGGUCUGUAAGGCGCUGGUCGCCGAGGCCGAGGAACUCCUCACCUUCCUCAACCGCAUCUCCUCCGGCAAGAAGCAGCUCAAGAAGGUCGUACAGGAUGAGGACCAGUCAAGGCUCGACGAGCUUCAGAGAUCUGACUGGGCCCGACUGUGGGUUCAGAUCAUGAAGGAGUUGAGACGAGGGGUCAGAUUAAAAGCAGUGGAGCACAUCACAACACCCACUGAGUAUGAGUUAACUCCCUUUGAAAUUCUCCUGGAUGACAUCAAAUCUCGCCGCUACACCCUAAACAAAGUCAUGGUUAAUGGCGACAUUCCAACCAAGGUGAAGAAAGAUGCCCACGCUGUGAUCCUGGACUUCAUCCGCUCCCGCCCCCCUCUCCAUCCUGCAAAGAAGAGGAUAUUGAAUUCCCCACCCAAAGUGGAGCUACAGCCCAGGGAGCAGAUCCUACAAGAAAUUAGGUCACAGCCCAAAUUGAAAUCAGUGAGGGAGAGGAGGAUAGUUGAGACAUCGCGGACCAAGCUGAACAAUGAGGACGAGGAGGAGUGUCCCCAACCCGUCCGGAAGGUCAUCAAGCCCGACUUCACCCUCUUCCUGGACAGCUUUGAUGAGUCAGAAAAUGACAAUGAUUCAAGUCUUGGGUCUUCUCAAUCCAGCAUCAGCUCCCCGUCCCCUGAGAAAGACAGCGUCCGAUGGAGGAGGGCAGUGGUGAGGGAUGUAGCGACCUCUGAUCGUCAUUGUACCGUGGAACGCCGGCACUCCAUCAUGGUCUGUGAAUCCCCCCAGGUAUUUCCCUCCACCCACAGUGUCACUGCACCGCAGCCAGUAGACGCCACUGACAAUAAAUCGCAUGAGUCUCGCGGCAAGCUGAGGCGAUCAGCCCCCGUGUCCAAGUCCCGUGCAUGUGUGAAUGACGUCCGACAGAAAAGACUGUCUCUCCCCCUGCAUGGCAUUCAUGAGGAAGAUUGUGUUGAGCAUAAGACUUUGCAUGACCCUGCAUGUGGUUUUAAUUCUGUUUCUGAAGAGAGUGAAGUGUGUGAAGAGUAUGUGUUUGAUAGAUCUAAGGGUUUACGCAUGCCUAUUACGCGGUCACACUAUCAGAGUCUCCAGAGAUCCGCCACCAUCACUGAGUCUGUGGGAGGAACACAGUCCAUGUCCAAAUCAAAAAGUUCCUCUUGGGUCAGGGAGAAGCCUCGUCCCAUGGUGAGAGCAAGGAGCAGUGUGGACUUGAAGCCUACAGUUCUAGUCCGCGCUAGAAACGUCCCAAGAUCUCAGAGUUCUGACGAAGUCAGUGUGAGACAGAGAGACGGUGAACUGAGUAAACCCGAGUCAAGUGAAGACAUGGCUGCAAGACCGAGACCAAAACCUGCCCCCAGGAAGUCCAUCAGUAAGGGCAGUCCAGUGUUAGCCUGGCAGAGCGCUCAGCCAGAAACAAAGGAAGAGAGCCCUGAGUCAUCCAAGUCAGCUGUGAUUUCUGAAGGUGAAAAUAAGACCACUUCUAAGAGACCCUCAAGUGAAGUUGAAGUCAAAGUUAGGAGGAAAUCUUCUGAAUCUGUGUCUAUCAGUGAUCUGGAAAAUUCAGGUGAGAAAGUUCGAAGGUCAUCAAGACAUAGUGACAGAUCUCCAAGUCGUCGUAGUGAUAAAUCACCAAGACGACACGCAGCAGAGGGAUCCGGAGAGGAUUCCUCCAGCAGACGACAUCGAGAAUCAUCGCCAUCUAGCAGACGACACAGAGAUUCCUCCUCCUCAAGGAAACACCACAGGGAGUCCCAACAUGGCAGCGAGUCACCACGACGACACAGGAGGGAGGGAAGGGACGAGAGUAGUCAUAGUGAGAUUGUUAAUUCAGAAGAGCAGUCGAGCCACAGGCGGCGACAUAGGAGGAGUUCCAACGAGGAUGCAGCAUCUGAAAACAAAGACAGUGAUAAAUUCCUGAGACAAUCAAAGGACAGGGUUCCACUUCGACGAUCUACACGUGUGAGUGAAGAUAAUCAAAGUGAGGAAUCUAACACCACUGAUAGGAAAUCCAAAUGUGAUAGUGAACUUAGUACUGGCCGGGAAUCUCCAAAGCCUGAAGUGAGGGCGAGGAGGUCCCUGCAAUUAACUAACAGUGUGGAGGGUGAUAACCUUACAGAUCCAUCAACAACCUCUCCACAACCCGUGGCAUCAAGUGAACCAGUUCAGCGGCGUUCACUGCCCCAGACUGUCAGCAGAGCCCAGAGUCACCGCAACUUUUACCGCCACUCUACAGAUUUCAGCGGCAGCAAUGCGGUAGUUCCAGAGGUCAGCCUCGCUUCCACGACGACAACCCCGGCCAAUAGAGGGAUCAACCUCGGGCGCUAUCGAAAAGAGGCAGAGGAAUUACUGAAACCAAUUCACCAAGAAGAAAGGAACCCUGGGAUACUAGAGAAGGUGGAGGAGAGGAGUCCGGAGCGUCCUAAGUUUUCCGAGUUGAAUGUGUCAGACUUGCUUCAUGUAAGUGUCGGCCCUGUGUUUGGGGCUGCCUCUACUAACGGUGUUCCUACUUCCACCUCUCCAGACUCUGACUCGGCUUUAAAAAAUUGUCAGGACACAAUCAGAUUCUUACAAUUCAUAAUGAAGAAGCUAGCCCACCCCAUCGAGUGUUUGUCCUUGACCUUAGAGGAGGUCACACACAUCAGACAGGUGUUAACGAAGGCGGAGCUAGAGACGCUCAUCACGAACCACGAAAUGUACAACCUCGUGUCAAAAGGAAAGGUGUGCUUUACCUGUAAAUUGGUCAAGUUCUCCAUGUUUGGUCAAUGGGGAACUCGAUGCAAGAUCUGUAAACGCAACGUUUGCAACAACUGUCUCAGAAAGAUGAACAUUCCCACGGAACACUUCCAGAAUAUUCCAGUUCACACACUGAGCCCAAUACCCCUCAGUCCCGAAACCCUGGAUCUUCUCAAAGUCUACGAAAGGACUGGGUCUGUACCCCACACUCCUUCAUCAGAAAGGAAGACCCAGCAAAUCCUGGAGGAACCGGCCGCGAGGCGGACAUCCUUACAGAGAUCCCACACCAUAGGAUCGGGGUCAGCCCCCACCCUCCCCAACAAAAACUUACUGCGGGGCCCCCAGAUGAGUGUGUGCUGUGACUGCAAGACCAUGAUAAUGGAGAUCAUCCGGGCCAGUCGCACAUCCAUCGCUCUCAUCCACAAAGGACAGGAAGCUCAGCCCUCCCCAACCAAGGAGGAGGAGAGAGGGGAGGGGCUUAACCUGUCCACGCUGUCACUCAACAUCAAACAGUUCUUCAACAAGUGAUAGGACAGAAAUCUUCUGAUAAUCAUCCGUGCAAUCUUUUCCUUAUGAUCUAUAUAUCUAUUUGUUUUAAAAUAGCAUUUUUUUUUCGUCCAUUCAUUUUUACACUUAUUCAGUUAAUAAUGAAAUAGAACAAAAGUCUUCCCAUUAUAAAGGUUUCUUUUAUUUUUAAUGGUAAUGUUGAAUGCAAUCUGAACAACUGAGGUAUAUUCGUUGUUAAAAUUCAUGCAGAAUCCACAUUGAAAUUAUCAAACGGUCUCAUGUUUUGGUCAAAUAAAAGAUGAUGUUGUCAAAUGAAUUUAAUUAAGACUUCAAAAGGUCUACCACGCAGAUAUGGAGUUAAAAUUAACAGCAGAUCAUCCACAGAAGAUAAUUCUCUUAUAACACUUUCUAAUCAUUUUGUUAUCAUGUUGAUCAAGAUGUGCCAUGUUGUGUGGUAUUCCCCAGAUCUAUUUAUAGCUGUGAUCUACCUCUCACUCUCUUCAUCAAUGAAAGACUACUCGCCGUCUGGAUAACUUGGACGGUCCAUACAUGGAGUAUAUUUUAUUACAUUAUAUAACAACAGCCAAUCAGUGAUUGUAGCUUAAUUGAACUAAUUGAUAUGCACUUGUUGUCAUGUAUAUUACACAAAAGCUUCUUGUUUUUAUAUAUACUGAAAGUAUUUAUUGUGAGAGGAACGUUUGAGCUGGAUGUGAUAGUGAUGUAAAUAUGUGUCAUGUUUGAUGGUUAGAUGAUGUGCCAAGAACAGUUGACAGAGUUUACAAAGUAUCAUUAAUGUAAUGAUGUUAAGUUUAGUCAGAAAAGUUUGCAUUGAAUCUGAUAAUGAUGCCAUCUUUGUUUUGGUGUCAUGUUUACAUAUUAUAAACAAGGUGACAGCUGAAUGUCUUAAUCUCAUUUUUUAGUGGAAAAACUUAUUCACAGACAAGAUUUUUUUAAUUGAUCAAAGGACCGAAAGAAUCAAAUCAAACCAACUGCAAUUAGCAAACUAAUGUCCCUUGUAUGCAUAAUCUAAUUGUCGUAUUGUCUCAGCCAAAUUAUACAUUAAUCAAAAUUUUAUUCAGAAAACAUUAUAAUUUUUCUUUUGAAAUUUUCAUGUACAUAUUUACUAACAAAAGCUUUACCAAAAGAUUCCAUCCAUGUUUUUUAAGAUCUGCAUUGUGCAUUUAGUGUAGAUACUGGCAUUUAAUUUGUAAUAUAUGCACAUAUAUUGGCUUUAAAGCAUAUAUCAGUUCUUACCAAUCCCUCUACUAUGUUGUAUGAACAAAGUGACUUCAGAUUGACACAUUAAUUUUCAUUCAAACUGCAAUAUCGGAGGGUUUCCUCUUGACGUUUCCGGCUGAUGUUAAUAUUAUGCAAUGAUUUCAGCAAACCAAUGUAAAUCAUGUUUUAAACCUUUGUAUAUUAAACUGUUUUAAAACACUUCA